GUAAUGGAGUGUUUUAUUAGUUAUAGUUGUAGUUAUUCACUGCUAGGUCAUUCUGAGAUUCAAUUUUAAAACAAACAAACAUUGAGCAUGGUUAAGCAUAGACCCCCUUAAUUGACCGAAUACAUGACUACCUCAAAGCUCUGUAGUCAUAUCUUGUAGGUUGGUUCUCCCAUAAUUUGGCUUAAUCCGAGUUCCAACAAUAUCACUUGAUUAAAUAAAUCAAAUAAAAUUGCUUCAAUCUAUCAUUCCAGGAUAUACCUGGUAAAUCACUUAUUCGAGCAAGAAUGGAACAUUUAGACUCCCUCCUCCUUGACUCCAGAUACGAAAAACAAAAAAGUUCCCUACAAAUAGAACUCGAAAAUUUUUUACUAAAAUUCCACCCUCCAAAAGACCUUCAAUCAGCCACACCCAUGGAUGUGAGGGUUUUCAUAGUCAGCAAAGACCACAAGGGUAAAACUGUUACCCAUCUACCAUCGUGUAACAAUGAAUCAGACUGUAAUUGCCCCAAAUCCCUGUCAGCGGGUUCCGUGGAUAGUUUAAUUGGUAAAAUUCGAGCUAUCUUCCGAGAUAAUGGUAGAGACAUUGACAAUCCAGCUGCAUCCCCUAUAAUCAAAUCACACCUUAAGGCAGUGAGGUUAGAACAAUCAAAAGCAGGAGUGUUACCUAAAAAGGCAAUUCAAGUUCAAUUCCACAAAUUAAACAAGAUAGUGCAUCAUAUUAGAUACAAAUUGAAUAACCCCAGGCUCUCUACCUUACAAAAAUACGUCCUUUUGAGAGAUGUGACUUUCUUCAUAAUUAUUGCUCAGUCAGGCGACAGGGCUGGGGAUCUGGGACAGUUAAGACUUAACAACAUCAUAGUGGCUCCAGAUGAAUCGAUAAUUCAAAUUACUCUUACAAUGGGCAAAACCACCAAAGUAAAUUCUCCAAGAGUCAUGAUCUUACCUAAAUCAGAUGGCCCUUUCUGCCCAGUAAGCGCAUUUAAAACAUACAAUUCAUUUCUCAAUGAAAAAAACUUACAACAAACCGGAUAUUGCUUCAAACCACUCCUACCAGAUAAUAAAUCAUUAUCGCUUGACCGUCCAUUCUCAUCUUCCUUGGCCAACGACAGAUUAAAGUCUUACCUCACGCACUUAAAACUAUGGCAAGGGGAAUCAUCACAUGGAAUCCGGCGCAACGUAGCAUCCACCUUGAUGCUUUUGGGGGUUUCCAAUGAGGGAAUAAAAGCACACAUAGGCAUCAACAUGGACAGUGUAUUAAGAACUUAUAUAGCUCCAGCCCAUUCCAAACUACAAUUAUCCACCUCAAAAAGUUUAUCUGAUAACAUGGCGAAACUAAGUAAAUAA